CUCUGUACAAGUGGACUGGCGAUGGCUACUGGGCGGCCAGUCACUCCCCACUCACAAGUCACAAGUGGCCAAGUGGGCGUACCUAUCCAUUCAGUCAUACGUUGGCGUUUUGCUCUUCCUUUUUUUUGAACUUUACUGGGGGGGAUAGAGACAUGGAGAGGCGCACAAGGCGAGUGUUGACUUGACUCCAAAGAAGACCUGUUUUCUCUGAACAAUUAGGCAAAGGGAGCGUGGAAAGGGAAGGCAGGCAUGGAUUCGAACGUCUUCUCUGCGGAAAGGUUACGGGCCGUGUGGAAUGAAUGGGAAAUCCGCAUGCUUGUGCUCACCAGCCUCGCCCUUCAGGUGUUCCUCCUCUUCUUCGCCGGCAUCCGCAAGCGCAACGUCUCCGCCGUGCUAAGCCUGCUUCUGUGGCUCGCCUACCUGCUCGCGGACUCCAUCGCCAUCUUCGCGCUCGGAUACCUCUCCCAGACGCCCAAGGGCGUCGACCCACAGUUCUUCGAGCGCACCCACAGCAUCCAGGCCUUUUGGGCACCGUUCCUCCUCCUCCACCUUGGCGGCCAGGACACCAUCACCGCCUUCUCCAUCGAAGACAACGAGCUCUGGAAGCGGCACCUUCUCAGCCUGCUCUCCCAGGUUGCUCUCGCUGUGUACGUCUUCACCAAGUCACGCCCUGGCGCCGAUAUUCUAGCCCCCUCCGUGCUCAUGUUCUUGAGUGGUAUUGUCAAAUACGGCGAGAGGACAUGGGCGCUCAAGUGCGCGAGUAUGGACCAUCUACGGAGCAGCAUGGUUACGACGCCGGACCCGGGGCCCAACUACGCCAAGUUCAUGGAGGAGUACCGGUUUAUGCGGGAGGCAGGGCUCCAUGCGGAAAUCGUCAUUGAGCAGGAGCGGCGGCCGGAAGUCGCUGCCGUGGACAUCGCAGAGGAGAGCGUGCCGUACACGACAAUCGUCACAGACGCGAGCCGCUUCUUUGUCAUCUUCAAGCGCCUCUUCGUCAACCUCAUCCUCAGCUUCCAGGAGCGCACCCGGAGCCAGGCCACGUUCCUGCGGCUCGCGCCGGACCAAGCGUACAAGAUCAUCGAGAUCGAGCUGUCUCUCAUGUACGACACCCUGCACUCCAAGGCGGCGGUGAUUCACACCUGGUACGGCCGCCUGUCCCGCUGUAUGACGCUCCUCUCGACGUCGACAGCGUGCCUCCUCUUCAACGUGCUCGACAGGGGUAAAUACCAGUCAUACGACAGCACCGAUGUAUGUAUCACUAACAUGUUGUUCGCAGGAGCACUUUGCUUAGAGGUGUAUGCCAUAGGUAUGAUGCUUAUAUCCUACUGGACAUACGCAGCUCUGCAAGGCUGCAACUGCCAAUCACUGGGCAGUCUGAUCUUCCGGAGCAUCAAGUAUUUCCGGCCGGAAAGCCGGGCGAAGUGGUCCAAUCUGAUGGCCCAACACAAUCUCUUCAGCUUCUGCAUCCGGGACAAACCAACCAUGCUCACCAAGGCCCUGAGCCUACUGGGUCUCAAAGGACACUGGGACAGUUGGCUGUACAUCCGGCACAUCGACGUGUCGCCCGAGCUGAAAAUCUUAGUCUUCAGGGAGCUCAAGGACAAGACGGUCAGCAUCGUCGACGCCGAGAGUUACCGCAAGUUCAGCAACCACAGGGGCCAGUGGGCGCUCCAGUGCAAGGGCUACUACAAGGAGCUCGGCUGGAGUGUGGAGGUGGAGUUCGACGAGAGCAUUCUCCUAUGGCACAUAGCUACAGACCUCUGCUUCCACACCGACGAUGAGGAUGAUGACAAGGACAACGCGAAGAUCGCUCAGUACGUUAAGAUCAGCAGGGCGAUAUCAAACUACAUGCUUUUCCUGCUCGUCGCGCGGCCCUUCAUGCUGACGGCCGGCAUCGGGCAGAUUCGGUUCGGCGACACCUGCGCGGAGGCCAGAAACUUCUUCGAGCGGGAGAUGACGCAGCCAGACGAGAGGGCUGCGGCGAGGAUGGUGCUAGAUGUGAACGCCGAGAUCGCGCCGAGGGACGUGAAGGGGGACAGGAGCAAGUCGGUGCUGUUCGACGCGUGCCGGCUGGCCAAGUCGCUGCUGGAGCUGCAGCCGCACAAGAGGUGGCGCGUGAUCCGCGUGGUGUGGGUGGAGAUGCUCUGCUACGCGGCGAACAAGUGCCGGAGCAACUUCCACGCCAAGCAGCUGAGCAGCGGCGGUGAGCUGCUCACUGUCGUUUGGUUCUUGAUGGCACACCUGGGGGUGGGCGAGCAGUAUAGGAUAGAGGCAGGGCAUGCAAGAGCUAAGCUAAUUGUAGAAAAGAACUGAGAGUAGCACCAAUUAAUUGGUGUUGUGCUGUCUUGAAAAUUCUUGCUACUAUGUAAUUCUCAGAUAAAAGAUAAGCAAUUCA